AUGAGCACUGAGCUCCCGGUGAUCGCAUGGAGCUACGUCUUCGUAAUCGGCGAAGCAAAUGUUCAUAUAGGUGCUAUGAUGGCCAUCCUUGUGGUUUUGUUACUAACACUUUUUACUGGGCUGAGUGUCGCUGAUUCGAAAGGGAAUCUUGCUCUUAAUGCCAGAGUGAUGCAGUCCUCCUUAUACCACAUCCAGGGAGUUGCUGAACGUGCAGUAGAUGGAAACAGAAAUGCAAAUUACGAGAAGGGCGAAUGCACUCACACUAAAGCUGAGUUUAACCCAUGGUGGAGAGCUGACCUUGGAAAUGUCUACAGUAUAAGCAAGGUUGCCAUCACUAAUCGUGUAGACUGUUGCAAAGAGCGAAUCAGAGGAGCUCAGAUUCGUAUUGGUAACAAGCUGGAGAACAACGGAAACAACAAUGAGCUGGUUGCAACUCUUCUCAAUGUUCCCGAUGGCACAGUAGUGUUUGAGUUUGAGCCUGUUAACGGCCGAUAUGUCAACAUUUUUUUACCUGGGAACGAUGAAUACCUUACUCUGUGUGAAGUCGAGGUGUUUGCAGGGAAUCUUGCUCUUAAUGCCAGAGUGAUGCAGUCCUCCUUAUACCACAUCCAGGGAGUUGCUGAACGUGCAGUAGAUGGAAACAGAAAUGCAAAUUACGAGAAGGGCGAAUGCACUCACACUAAAGCUGAGUUUAACCCAUGGUGGAGAGCUGACCUUGGAAAUGUCUACAGUAUAAGCAAGGUUGCCAUCACUAAUCGUGUAGACUGUUGCAAAGAGCGAAUCAGAGGAGCUCAGAUUCGUAUUGGUAACAAGCUGGAGAACAACGGAAACAACAAUGAGCUGGUUGCAACUCUUCUCAAUGUUCCCGAUGGCACAGUAGUGUUUGAGUUUGAGCCUGUUAACGGCCGAUAUGUCAACAUUUUUUUACCUGGGAACGAUGAAUACCUUACUCUGUGUGAAGUCGAGGUGUUUGCAGAAGAGAACAAACCAUUGUACAUGUGCGUUCCAAGGAAUCUUGCUCUUGGAGGCAAAGCUGUUCAGUCUUCCACAUACAGUGAUUUAGGAGCUGCUCAAAAUGCUGUCGAUGGCAACAGGCAGUCAAUAUUCACGCUCGGCUCAUGCAGCGUGACUAACGGGGACAUGAACCCCUGGUGGAGAGUUGACUUGCUGGAGGUCUACAGGGUAACCAGGGUUAGCAUCACUAAUCGUGGAGACUGUUGUGAAAAGACUGUCGAGGGUAUUCAGAUCCGUAUCGGCAACAGCCUGGAGAAUAACGGCAACAAUAAUGAGCUGGCUGCAACUGUUGGGCCCAUCCCACUUGGAAACACCAAAACAUUUGAGUUUAAGCAUGUUAAAGGUCGAUACGUCAACCUUAUUGUGCCUGGACGCAAUGAGUACCUCACACUGUGUGAAGUUGAGGUAUAUUCAGAUUAAGUGGAACAAGAUGAUGUCACACCACAGUCCACUGAUCCUAUAAGCAAAUUUAAUCAAACUACUGUUUUCUGAACAAUACGUGCACAUUUUCAUUUUACCUAUGCACCUUUAAUCCUUAAGAGCUCUUUCGGUGCACAUUCAGAAAAGGUUUGAAUGGUGAAGGUUUAAAGCUCUGAAAUUCUUAACUUCAGUUUGCUGCAGGUUGUGUAUUUACAGCCUGAACACACCCAUCUUUGUUCAUCUUUGCUUUCUAAAUAAAUUACCACAGC